UUUCCCCUCCCCGAGGUCAGCUGCAAUUCACCAAAGGGAUCAACGUCGGAAUCUUCUCCCGUUAGUGCGAGGAAGGAGUGACUGCGUGUUUGCGCCGCAACACACAAGAGCGAUGCUUUUUUGUGCUUUGCAGCAUUCCCCGCUCGUAUCUCGCUCGUGUGUGGUGGACCGUUCCUCAGUUCUCGCCGGUCUAGUCGGAGUGGGAGCCGCGCGCGCGGACCAAUAAAGCUGCUCGUGGAUACAGCGAGACGCAGCACUCGGGACUCUCUAAUCGCGCAAUUCCAAUACAUGGAUAUGGAUAUUUCCGUGGCUUUGUUAUACCUUUUGCUUUUUUCCAAACCAGUUUUGGCUUUCGGCACGGAUCAAGACUACCAAAUUGAUAUAAUCAAUGAACUUGACUUGGCAAACGCUACCUAUGGAAUUACCCAAGUGGCCGGGCUUCACAAUAGCAGCAAAGCCUUUGUUUUUCGAGAUGUCGGAAGAGCCGUUCAAGCACCAGCACACGUCGCAGAGAAAGUCAUGCAGCUAUUCAGGAGAAAAAGUGAAUUCACCUUUUUGGCCUCCAUCCAACAGAAGUCCUCAACGUCGGGUGUCAUAUUCUCUAUCCAUGAGUCAGAACACAGCUACUUUGAAUUGGAGAGCAGCGGCGUUCGAGAGGAGAUCCGCUACCACUAUCGCUUCAAGGGCAAGCCCCGCACCGAGUCCUUCCCCUACCGUCUCGCCGAUGGCCAGUGGCACAAAAUUGCCCUCACCAUAAGCUCCUCCCACCUACUGCUGCACGUCGAUUGUAACAGGAUUUAUGAGCGCGUGAUCGACCCUCCUCAGAUGGAACUCACGCCGGGAAGCGGCGUUUGGCUGGGCCAGCACGGCCACAAACACGGCCUGUUCAAGGGCAUUAUCCAGGAUGUGAAGUUUGUUUUUGCUCCCAACGGCUACAUCAGUCAGUGCCCAAACCUUAACCGCACCUGCCCAACCUGCAGUGAUUUCUUGAGCCUGGUGCAAGGCAUUAUGGACCUGCAGGAUCUACUUGCCAAGAUGACCCUCAAGCUAAAUUACGCCGAGUCCAGACUGACCCAGCUUGAGGGAUGUCACUGCGAGAAGACCUGCAGUGCCAACGGCCUAGUCUACAGAGAUAAGGAGCUGUGGGCGGAGCCACAAAAUUGCAGGAACUGUGCAUGUAAGAAUGGAGUGGUAGAGUGCCGCAGGAUUUUCUGUCCGCCAACAAAUUGCUCAGAGGACUCAUUGCCAGUACACGUGGAUGGGACCUGCUGUAAGAAAUGCAGACCAAAAUGCAGUUACAUGGGCCAGGUCUUGUCUGAGGGCCAACGCCUUUUAUCCAGGAGCUGCAAGGAAUGCAAGAACGGCCUGAUGGUGAAAGUGACAGAAACCUGUCCGGAGCUCAACUGUUCCAUAAGUGAACAGGUAUUGAGAGACGGGAGAUGCUGCAAUGUUUGUCAAGGUUAUGACUUCUGCGCAGAAGGGGUCAUCUGUGGAGAAAACUCUCUGUGCAAAAACAGGGAAACGAAAGCGGAGUGUGAAUGCAAGCGUGGCUUUGCCUCCAUUCAAGGGGAUUCGACUUACUGUGAAGAUAUCGAUGAGUGUGCAACCCAAAUGCUAUACUGCCAGUCCAACACGGUGUGCGUCAACCUUCCCGGCAGUCAUCGCUGCGACUGUUUGCCGGGCUUCACCCGAGUGGAUGAAUAUUCCUGCACCGAGCACGAUGAGUGUGCCAGUAGUCAGAACUCAUGCGACGACAACGCAAUCUGCACCAACACCAUUCGAGGACACCUGUGCACCUGCAAGCCAGGCUACGUUGGAAACGGCACCAUCUGCAGAGCUUUCUGUGAAGAGGGAUGCAGGAGCGGCGGCACAUGUGUGUCUCCCAACACAUGCGUUUGCCCUUCGGGAUUCACGGGACGAUUCUGUGAAACAGAUAUCAACGAGUGUACGGAGGGCCUGAUUGAGUGUCACAACCAUUCCCGCUGCGUCAACCUCCCCGGCUGGUACCAUUGUGAAUGCAGAACUGGUUUCCAUGACAAUGGCUCCUAUCUGCUUGAUGGGAGCUCAUGCAUUGAUAUCGAUGAGUGCAGCUUGCAGAAGCACACCUGCUGGAAUAGCAGUGUGUGCGUGAAUCUACCCGGAAGCUACGACUGCGUAUGCACAUCAGGUCCAGGCUGCACUGGGGACUGUCCACAGGAAGACGGCAUUAGAAGGAACAGAGAAGACUGGAAACCCAGCUAUGACAUCUGCACUAUUUGUUCCUGCAAGGAUGGCCAGACAUAUUGUCGAAGGAAACCAUGCGACUGCGGAGACCCAGAGGAGGAUCUGUUCUGCUGUCCCAGUUGUGAUAACAGACCCAGCAGCCAGUGUUUGGACCAGAGCGGCCGCACACUCUACCGGAGUGGCGCGUCCUGGCUGUAUGGCUGCCAGCAGUGCCGCUGCAUGGAAGGGGAGGUGGACUGCUGGCCUUUGGUUUGUCCCGUGCUGAUGUGCGACUACACGGCCGUGGCGGAAGGCGAAUGCUGCCCGCGCUGCGUCACAGACCCCUGCCUGGCUGACAGUCUGUCCUAUGACAUCCGACAAACGUGUUCAGACCACGCGGGCAUCACUCGCCUCAGUGGGGACACAUGGCAGAUGCCCAACUCGCCCUGCACCAGCUGCAUGUGUAAAAAUGGAAACGUCUGCUGUUCGCUGGAUCUCGACUGCCUUCAGAACAACUGAGGCGCCGCUUCUUCGCCGCGCUUUCUCUCACUACCUUUCCCUGACUCCUCCCCUUUCGCCGCAGGGCCGCCACGCCCCACUCGUUGUGAAACAACUGAGCCCUUGAGGGGUUUUUUUGGGGGGGGGGGGAUUAAAACUCUUGCACAUUCUUCUGUAUGCCAUUGUGUGCAUUGAAAAUAUAAACACACUGGUUGAGACAUAAAUUAUUUUUUUUGGUUGCCCCCCCCCACCCUCCACCUCACCUAAAACUCUGCUGGCACCGCGUGACUGCGAAGUAGCUCUGCGGGAGCCGAAAGCCGAAGCUCCUCGCAUCCCCGUCGUAUGUCUUCAUCUUUUCUUCUGUUUCACAACACGCUGUACGGUUUGGCUAUUGUCUGUCAAGUCCCGAAAAAGACACAAGACGCACCGAGCUGUCUUUAUAGGAGUUUGUAGCCCGGUAAUGACGUCGAUGAGAAUUCUUAUACAGUUUGAAUAUUGUCAACAUAAUCACUUGUAAUGAUUGUCAUCACUUGUGUUUGGUUAUUGACAAAACAUUCAUAAAAAUUUGGGCCGGGGUGCAAGGAAUCCAAACUGCUUAAAGAUGAUUACAUAGAGCAAUAUUUAAGUUUAAUGCGCGCACAAAGUGGGGGAGAAAAGUUAAUUGGACGUGACGGGAAAAAAAGGCUGCUCGUGGUGAUUGUCAAACAAAGCGUAGACAUUUCUCAGCAAUAUCAAACAAAGUCAACAUAGCGAUUUAUUGCAGGCAAUACCAGGUUUGACCUCAAGGAGCAAUAGUGAGCUAGCGUAGUUCAACAUACGCGUGAACAAGAAGCCAAUCAAACCUCGAUUGAUUCAGAACCUCAAGAUGUUUGCAAAUGACAGCAAAAAAAUCCUAUCAAUACAAAUACAUCUUUUUUUGGGGGGGGCUGAUAGCUGCAACAAUUAUCCUAGCUAAAAUCCGAGCUAUGCAAAUAAUGAAUAAAAAUAAUUCAACUCUCGAUUGGUAUGACAAAUUAACACUCGGCUGACAUGAAAUGAUCUUAACCUGCGUCACAUUGUUUUCGUUGAACUGAUUUUCUAAAUUUUUACAUCACAGCUUCAUACGUAAAGCACUUUCAAAUGCAA